CGCGCGCUGCAUCAGUCUCGUGCCGAACGCCGGCCCGGACGUACUUGUCUGGUAGUGACGGACACUCGGAUACAUUCAGUGAGUUGCAACAUCGACGUAAUGCAUUUCGAGGUGGCGUUCACGCUGCUACUGAUGCUCGGGGGCGCAUGGGCGCGCUACCUGGGCAAGGAGAUUGGUGCACUGUCGCAGCUGCAGCACGGCGUGCGCGGCGAGCUGUUCGCCGUCGACUCGCGCACGCUCUACCUGCACGAUUUCCACUACGACGGCGCAGGACCAGCGGCGUACUUCUUCGUGGGCACGUCGAAGGCGCCUUCGUCGUCUGGCGUGCGACUACGCGACGAACGCGGCGGCUCGAACCCGCUGCGCGCCUACCGCGGCGAAGGCAUCACCCUGUCGCUGCCCGAUGGACACACACUCCGCGACCUGCGCUGGUUCUCCGUCUGGUGCGAUGAGUAUGCGGUGAACUUCGGCAGCGUGAACAUCCCGAGCGGCUUGGAGUACCCGCGUCCUGCACGGCUGGGCGCGCUGCGCGGCGUGCACGGCGUGCGCUCCGAGCCCGUGCUGGCGGUUGACGCGCAGACGCUGCUCGUGCCCAAUUUUUCCUACGACGGAGAGGCUCCCGACGCCAAGUUCUGGGUGGGCAGGGGAGAGAACCCCUCCCCGCAGGGCAUCCGUAUCCCCGACGAGAACGGCAAGGAGGAGCCGCUGCGCAAAUACGAUAACAAGACUAUCGUCCUCACGCUGCCCGGGGAGCUGACAGUGUUCGACAUCGGGCACUUCGGGGUAUGGUGCGAAGCGUUCACGGUGGACUUCGGGCACAUCGUGCUGCCGCGCGCCGCUCUCGCCAACGUCCCGCCCAGCCUUAAGAUGUUGGGUGUCUCGCCGCAGUCGAAGCUGAACUGCGAGGUGUUGCUGGACGAGCUGGCGUUCGAGGUGCGCUGGGCGGUCGCCGGAGACAGCAUCGUGCUGCAGCUCGUCGCCAAACUGGAGGAUGGCGACUACAUGUCUUUCGGCAUCUCGGGGCACCCGGCGCGCUCGCAGAUGGUGGGCGGCGACGUGGCAGUGGUCCACAUCAACCAGACGACGUUGCGCGGCUGCGCCGAGGACUACUACCUGGACGCUAAGAGCCAGUGCGCCGGCGACCACGGCUCUUGCCCCGACGAGAGGCUCGCUGAGAACACGAACUCUGUCCGCUUGCUUAACGCGGCUCUGGUGAACGGUUACUCGAUAGUGACGUACCAGCGGCCGCUGCGUGCGGUGGACCGGCUCGACCUGCCCGUACUCACCAACUCCAGCCAGCCCGUAAUCUGGGCCAUCGGCCCGCUCAAUGGCGAAAACGAGGUCUCCUACCACCACCACUACACCAAGGGAGACAAGUUUAUCGAGUUCGGUCGUCCGCCCGUGUGGAACUGCCCCAUGCCCGACAGCGAGGAGGAGCACCGGCGCGACCACGAGGAGGCGCAAAACAAUCCGCGACCUCCGCCGCCGCUGCAGAAGAACGAACACCAGGUGACGGCGAUCAGGCCGCGCCCGGUGCCGACUCCGAAACCGGUACCGAAGGUGGUUCCCUGGGAGAUCCCCGGCAUCCAGUGCUACGAGCCGCCCGACGGCGUUUUCUACGCACAGAUGGGCCCCACCGGUGGCAAGCAGGGUUACUCCGCCAUCACCGGUCACGUGGGGUGGGGCAUCGCGUGGUACAUCAACGGGCUGCUGGUGCCCGAGGUGACGCUGGUGCGCGGCCGCAAGUACACCUUCGUGGUGGAGGGCGGCAGCGACCCCGCGCAGCCCGCGCGCUACCACCCAUUCUACAUCACCAACGACCCCGUCGGCGGCUACUACCACAAGUCCGAUGAGGAGAAGAAGGGGGUGGAGAUCUACGCGGGGGUGAGGCGCACGCGCACAGGCGAGCUGAUCCCGACGGGUGUGGGGCGGCUGUGCAACUGGACGCCGGACGCCUCUGGGCCCGAGGCCGACGACUUUCCCAGUUUCGGGGCCUACCAGCGCUCCCUCACGCUGGUGUGCGAGGAGGGCAGUCCCGGCGUCGUCACCUGGACCCCCGAUAGGAACACCCCCGACACCGUCUACUACCAGUGUUUCACUCAUCGCCACCUCGGCUGGAAAAUAAGGGUUGUAGACGAGUGCGACUUAGCCGAGGGCGAGGGCGAGGAGAGCCGCCUCAUGGAGAGCGUGGUGCUGCCGGACAUGUUCAGCGAGGAGUCCGCACAGGUACCCGCGCGGCUCGCGCUCGACGAUCAAUUUCUAGAUGAGCGGAAGAAAUUCGAAAAAAUUAUCAAUAUGAAAAAAAAUUAUAACAAUUUCAGUAGCCCUAAAGAUGUCUUCUCCCGGGAGGUCGUUCCUCAGAGGAAUCACCUGUACUCGAGCGGAACGGAGUAUGAAUUGCCGAUAUCUAAAUUGCAAAUAAAGGAAGUCAUCGAGGCAGUGGAGAGCCUGGAGGAGAUGACGAUGAACGAGAUGAAGCGGAACGGCACGCAGCAUCCGCCGCCCUCGCAGCGCCCUGGACAGUACCAGGUGUACGAGGAUACCCGGGAAGCGGCGCCUGAGCAGCCGGUGCUCGAGGGCGACGAGUACGUCGUGCAGAUGGGCCUCGUGCCCGAGAGCUUCCUGCUGCCUCCCGCCCGCAAGCCAGUCACACUGCAGAGCGUCAUGAGGCCCGGUGCGCCCAGCAAGCCUCCGCCUUCCGGCAUGAGGCCGCACUUCAGGAGACCGAUACCCCCGGAGAUCACUUUUCACCGGCCCGGACCACAUAUGAACCAAAAGGGCAACAACGGAGGUUAUCCCUUGGCGAUGCCGCAACCUCAUCCCUCAAACGGAAUCAAAAAUCAAAAGCCAUUUAAUAAAUUUCCUAAUACUCGUUUACCGCCUAUGAGUAGACCUCCUCUUAAUAUACCCCCGAUGAAGUCGAUGCCCCCGCUUCGUCAUACGAAGCCGAGUCACCAGACGCCCCAAAUGUACCACCAGAGCGGCCCGAAACCAGUAAAUCCUUCGGAUCAAUCGAUCGUAUUCGGUAAAUUGGGACACAAUAUUCCCUCACCCACACAAAGUCAAACUCUUAGUUUGGGCAAAACGGAUAUAAUAGCGAAUCAAGUAGUAAAGAGCCAAAUAACUCUGCCGGGUACGAGCGAUUCCGUCGCCCAGUUCAGUACGCCUCAGCUGUUUUCUGUAAAGCCCCAAGGACCGGGACAAAUUAUAUUUGGCAAACCGGUAGAGAACCCCGUGCCCCUCGACCAGGAGAUGAUGCAGACCAAACAGCAGCCUACCAGUCCUAAAUACAUUUCCGACUUCCACCCAACGCCGACAUCACAUAUUAAUACAUACAAGGAACAACCUCAGCAGCAGGAUGAAAUUAAGUCGUCAGAUUUCAUCGGCCAGUCCGCGGAAUCCUCGACGUUAGCGCCGGCUAUAAAUACAGGCUUCAAACCUGAUUCUAUCGUUAUCGAGAGCGGCUUUAAGCCCAUUAUUAGGGAACCGUUAAUGGCCGGCGAAGACAGAAUCGCCGAUUCAGAAGUAUCGAAUGUACACAGAAGGGAAGACACGGACGUUUUGGAAGAUUACGAAGACUCGCCGCAGUACAUAACUAAUCAAGCGCUUUCCCUCCACAUACCCAGCGACAAGCUGACUGAGACGUUUGAGCCUAUGUUUAUCCCGUCUCCUCCCGAUCACUUGCUCUCCACAAAUGAUACAACUAAGGAGAUAUUUCCGAAGAAUCAUGCAAAAGAGGACAGACCGCAUCCCGUCUAUGUCAAAACUGAAAGUGAAUUAAAUGCUUUAUUCAGUAAGAAAAAUAUGAACAAGGUUAUGUCCUCGGACUUAGUUAUGGAGUCCGACAGAGUCAGUCCGCAAUAUUUGCCGCCGGAUCCAAAAUUGCCUAAAGAACAUUCCCAAAAGCUGUCGGUGGAACAAACGUUUACAACUUACGAUGGAAAAACUAUUUCUGCGGCCACGCUGACCAGCUUACCCGACAUAAAUAAAGUUAAUACCAAACUGUUUUCUUCUAAACUCCCCGCCAAUACGGAGCUGCUCCUAAAGAUGCCUCAGUUCGGUCCAUUUAAGGGAGAGAUUCCACCACCGGUGGACGAACACAUUAAAAAAGAUUCCCUUCACUCCUCGCGACUGCCGGUGACGCAUUUAAAGCUGAUCAGUUCGCUAGUGCCCAAGGAAACUAAUACUCACAUCAACGAAACCCCCGACGGAGGGAAUCAUAAAAUUAAUAUCAGACACAAAAAUGAAAACAGUAACAAGCACUCGAUCUUUCAAGAUACAGAAUACGAUAGCGAAGAAAAUAGCGACGACGAAAAUGAAAAUAAACAUAGAUCUAAGCGUAAUAUAAGAAUGGUACACUUACAAGCGGAUAAAGAGACGGACACUUCACUAAAUAACUUUCAUCUUGAAGGCGCUGUGGAGGAUCACUCGCAAAUCUUCGUAGUGGCCGCUGCCCACUCUGGUACGCGCUGUGUUUGGACUGUCAACUUAAUUCUUUUAAUAUUGUAUCUGAAAUUAUCGUAAAAGUAUUUUUGAUAAGUAUUUAUUGACUUA